AUGUUUGGUCCUCUAUCACCUAUGCUUCCACCCCCGGGGAUUAAGUAUCAAAUUGAGAUAGAGAGAAGCCUGUAUUCCGACCACGAGCUUCGUGCCCUGGAGGAAGCUCAGCGACUGGCAAAGAAGAAAGCCGACCUGGACGAUGACGACGACAACGAACAGAAUAUAUUGCUUGUGCAAGAUCUGGAAGAUAUGUGGGAGCAGAAAUUCCUCCAGUUCAAACUCGCAACUCGAGAAACAGAUGCCGAUAAAAAAAAUGACCGAACCUCCUUGCGCCGGAAGCUAGAUAGGAACCUCAUCCUGUUAGUCAGAACGAAGCUUGGGGACCAGGAUGUUUGGAUGUUGCCCCAAGUAGAGUGGCAGCCUGGAGAGACCCUUCGAGGGACCGCUGAGCGGACGCUGGCCACACUGCCAGAAAACAAUAUGGAAGCCAAAUUCCUAGGAAAUGCCCCUUGUGGUCACUACAAGUUCAAGUUCCCCCAGGCGAUGCGGACAGAGAGCCAGCUGGGGGCCAAAAUUUUCUUCUUCAAAGCUCUGCUACUCAGCGGAGACUUUUCCCAGGUGGAGAAGAAGGGCCACCACGUGUGGGUCAGUAAGGAGGAGCUGGGCGACUACCUGAAGCCACAGUACCUGGCCCAGGUGAGGAGAUUCCUUUUGGACCUCUGACGGAUGGAGCCGCACGUGGUGUCAGCCGGAUGGGCCACGAGGCCGGGGGCCUUGAGGCACGCACGCCUGCCCUGUGCCAGGGAAGCCGAGUUGUGAGAAUGAAAGGCGUGCAUCUGUGUGCCCUCCCUCGAGGACCAGGGGCCAUCCUCCCAUUCCUCUCACUGUGAACUGGGCUCUGCAUUGCUUGAUAGCCAGUCAGCUGGCCUGUCGGCCUGGGAAGAUACAGGGGGGGAGGGGGAAGGAGCCCCGCAAAAGGCCUGAGCUCUGGCCCAGGACAGCCUCGUUCUGUGGUUUCUCUUACAUCCUCCAUUUUGUUCUUUCUCUCCUUUCUGCUUCAUGUGUUAGUCUACCCUAGGAAAUCAUGCCCUUCUUUCCUCCCUCUUCUUCCCUCUCCUCCUCCAUCUCUCCUUUGUAAAGCAUUCUAUAUUUAAAAAGAAAUUAAUCAUGUCUUACCUGUUUUUAAAUAAACCAGUACAGCGUGUUCCCA